UGGAGGUCUGUGCGGGUUGCUGAACAAUUUCAGAUGAUGAAUUGUAAAAGAUGACAGAGACUACAAUCACACAGAGUGGUAUGGUGACACACCAUGUCUCAGCAGACCAAGGUUCGUUUUGGGCAUCCGGUGGUCACCUCAUCAAUGGGAGCAUGCUAUACACUUCCAUCACGAGGUGAGUUCCAAAAAAAGAAACGUAGGGAGCGACAUCCUGCUGGGGACUCGUCCGUCAGUCACGUCAGUCAAAAUGGUGCUAAAUCAAUCACAACACCGGAAAUCCCACCAUUCAGCAGGUCAAGCUCCGUUUGUGAUAGACCCAGCCCAGUACGAGAGGUACCAAGCCCAGUUAGUAGCUGCAGAGACAGUCCAGUCAACAGCGCUGCAGCCAGUCCGAUUCUGCCGAGACUGCCAGAAAAUCUUAGAAGACCAAGCCCAGAAGACAAAAGCGAUCAACGGUUACCAACUUUGGACAGUCCUAGUCCUGCCAGAGAGAGCAACAGGCCUUCACCAGCAGGGUCGAUCCCUACAAUACCAGAGGAGGAGGAGCCGAAUUCACAGGCAGGAUCAUUCUCCUCGAAUCGUAGGCGGAGGCACUCCUCUGGACAACGAGUGGUUCGGAGGACUCGAACACGGCACCACAGGCCGGUGUUUGCCAGUCGGAAAGUGGACGUCUUGGGGCAGAUGCAGAUUAUGUGUGCUGUGCUCAUCAUAAUAGUGGAAUUAUUACUUGUCACAAAGUUCCCAUUACCCGAUCAUUUUCCUGGGAUAGGAUUCGUAGCUGGGUUAUGUUUCCUGGUCUCUGGUGGCCUUGGUAUCUUGUCCUCAUGUACACAGAAACAUGCACAGAUUCUACUGUGUAUGAUGACUGCUAUCAUUGCCAUGGUGGUGGCUGCGUUUGUUGCAGUGUUCGCUACACUCGGGUUUAUGGAAUCGCUAAGCUAUCAAGGCUAUGGAGACGAUGGCGAUGAUCACGAGGUGCUAAAUCAACUGUUUUACAUGCUACAAGCGAUAAUUUGUUCUAUCGAAAUCAUUGGCGCGCUUGGCCAGGCUACCAUCUGUUGUUGUGCUACUUGUUGUCUGGAUUGCAAAUGCCGUCGACGAGCAACAGAAAUCACGGUGAUUUAUGCGACAUGUCCUACGACAGGCUCAUUAGACGACAUUAAAAAACCUGAAGAAAGUGCUGGCGAAAAAGAAAUGCACGACUUCGUCGACAGAAUAAAAGAUGAGAAGGAUUUUGAUGAUAAAAAUAAUAAGGAUGAGGGAAUAGAAAACGAUGAGAGUACAAGUGGCUGUGAAACAAUGAUGGAUGACGAGGAUGUGCUAAAGAGUAACGAAGAACUAAAUGAAUUCUGGGUAAUUCCCCGUGUAGUUAGAGGCGGCCAGCGUGCUCGCAGUGAUUCUAGUUCUUCGAAAAAGCGUGAACGGCAGCCAAGUGGCAAUAGCGGUAAACAUCGGCAUUUUAGCGAUUCUAGUGUAAAAAGUGAGAAACGUGAUCGGAAUUUUAGUGGAAGUAGUGCAAAAAGUGAGAAACGUCGACAUAGUUCCUCUUCAAAAAUGUAUGACAAAAAAGAGCGCCAUGAUUCUGGUUAUCCAGAAACCCCUGUCGAUAGUAUUGCACCUACUUUUGAUAGAACUACCAUAUUGGACCCAAUGGUUCUUGUGAAUUAUGGGUCCGGUGAUACGAUUGUUCGAAAUGAACGCGGUUCUGAAUCGAGUGUGAGAGGAUCACAGCAAACUGUUUGUAGUGAGCGGAACUCAGACGCUAGUAAUAGAUGUUUGGAACAGGCUGAUCCCAGUGCUCAAAAUUUACCUGGUUGUUCAGCUCAUUCUGUUCAGCAGUGUCGUAGCAAUUCCCAGGACGAAGAUUCUGUGUUCGUUGACGUGGAAUAUGUUCCACAGAACACUGUUCGUACCACUGUGGUUAUGGAUGAUUCUUUUACAAACUCAAAUUCUUGUUUUGGAGAUUCUCGAAAUGACAUGUUAUUAGGAGCUAGUCGCGAUGAUUCUCAAACGCGUGAUAUCACUUUAUUCGAAUCCUCUCUUCGGCGUGUACGGGCGGAAGAGAAUCUACAGCGUGAUAGUUCAGUACAGAACUGCCGCGGACCUUCACGCCAGGAUUCGAACAUGUCAAAUGUGAGUGAUUGUCUUUCAGCCCUAGGUUUACAGUUGAGCAGCUUACAGACAUCAGAAGAGGAUACAUCUGAAUCCAGUGGAAUAAAGUCCAUGAGCAGAGAGUCAUCCUUGGAGUACACAUCGUGAGGUACAGUGUAGUUUGCUAGCUAUACUUUGCAGUUGCAUGAAGUGUCAAGAAUCCUACUGGGUGUUAAUACCAAAGUUAUAUUUUGGUAUGGUACGUAUUCUUGUUGGUGUCAGACGCCCUUCCACUGCGACCGUGCCAGGAAGUUACCAAAAGCUGUUUGUAUCAGAAAAUGCAACAACAAUUGUUCGUUUACAUUUGGUGACAUCCAAUGAUGACACCCGUGUUCUCACGGCUCGUAGAUGAACUGGGUUGUCGCGAAUCUGAUACAACCUGGUACUGAUAUUUUUAAGGGCAGGAGAAGUUCUGGUUUUAUCAUGAUGUUAAAACUGCAUGCAAGUGUCAUGCAGAUAUUUUUAUUGGAGAAGUACAUGUGCUUCUUUCCGUCGCACCAGAAUGUGUUCAAGAUGUUUUUGUUGUUCAUCCUUAAAAACGAAUGAGGAUGGCAUGAGAGUGUGGUAUUAUACUACUCAUUAUGACAAAUUUUUAUUUUUGAAACUAGGUCUACCACAAACGUUGUGGUUACUUGCACGUAAACAUGAGAUUUUCUACUUUUGUGAUUGCUGUUUGACCGAUUCCAAGAUAAGCAAGUCACUAGUAAACUACUGUGUGUAUAGAAUUUUCAUAUUUCCACCAAAAGAUUUCUUAAUUGGUAUUGUAAAAUGAAAGAGCGAGGUACAUGUUUUGAGUUGAGUAUCAGUAAUGAUGCUCGGGACUGAGUUAUUUGGAAGAGAACAGACCGACUGACCCCAGACUACCGUUGAGUGAGCCCUGUUUAUAGCCAUCUGUGAAUCUUCAACAGAAAAAUCGUCGUCAACAAUUACAAUGCCUGUAAGAGAGCUGAUCUGAGCAUUUUAACCAGUGGUCAACUCUAAUGCCCAUGUACCUCACUCAUCAGUCAGGGCUAGAAAUUCGUUGCACAAGGGGACUGCAAUUUUUGGCCCAAGGAACAUACCAAAAAGGGCACUUAACCUAUUUUUUUGAAAACGAAAAGGGCAGCAAUAUUGAAAAGUGUAAAAAGAAAAAUCUGCAGAGACUUGCCAGUCAACGGAGAGCAGCACCGAGGGAAUCCCACUAUUCUUGCUCUGACCAAUGCCAAUUAAAAUCACUUUUUGGAGCUUUUUGCCAUACAUAAAAUGUCUUUGCUUUUAGAGCUUUUAUUUGAAUCUAACUCUGCCAUUGAUGAUUUUUGUAAAAAAUUCAGACUUGCACUUUUAGUUUCAAAAUUGAAUUCAGCUUUCAUGAAAGAUUUGACAUGGAAUUUAUCACAUUCCUGAGGGAAAAUUGGAUCUGAUUUGGAUAUGAAGGUGACUGAUCAAGAAUGAAGAAAGACAAUUCUCUUUAGUCUUCAUAAAUUCUUGGCGAUAUCAUAAUACAUGUAAUAAGUGUACUCAAUAUUCCGGUUAUUGUGGUAUUCAAAAAAUAGCAGGCAUUACAGUGAUAACUGAUUACUCUUCUUUUUUUUUAAUAUACACGGAUGACAGAAUCAUAGUUUUUUUACUCUCAUGAACCAAUGUUCCACCUGGAGGUCUUCUUGGUCAGCUGCAGAUCAUAAUUUUGUUACAGCCAGUCAUUGAUUGCAUUCAUAUUUGAGCAAAUUCAUCAAAGCUUCAUGUCAGGUAGUACAUCCUUCCAUAAAAUCUAUAUUAACCGACAUAUUUCCCCAAUCCAAUACCCUGUCUGCUUGUAGAACUUUUACAGCAUGUACAGUGCACACAUAUUAGACCAUUUUCUAACACUGAGGCUCUGUAAUAUACAUGUAACCAUGAAAAAUUAGAGCAUUUAUUGUACUUUAAACUUGUCUUAAGUUUGAUUAGAUUACAUUUUAUCUGAUAAAAUAAUAGGCUGAGGAAAUAUCGGGCAUGGGCUUACUUUCACUUUUGGUUAGACGAAAAGCCAGUUCACUUUGGGAACUAGGUCAUCCCGACAGUGCCGUGUCUGAUGAGGUACGAUGUAGGCAUAUGACUCUAUGAGUGAAGGUACACGUAGCCCUUUGAAAUACCAUUUGGCAGUAAUUAUACGUUAUUUAUAGUGUAUCACGAAAUGAAAUUUGUGAGCAAAUUCGCCAAUGUUUCACUUUCCGUUUCUCGAACAUUACCGAGUUUACAGUAUGCUUCGUUUCAAAAUCGAACUAAAACUAAGUUAUCUUUCACAGGUUCGCCUUUGUUCAGUGUGCAUCACAUGAUAAUUCCAGUCGAUUUUCAUUCUCGUCAUGUUCCUAGGAAAUUGUGACUAAAAGUCGUAAAAAAUGCUUUAGAUGGAAGAAUCCGAUGCACUUUAGGGGCCCUGUUGUUGUUUAUGAGUCCAGUAAAGGUACUGAUCAGAGCGGCUCAUUUUGCUGGGAGCUGGGACGGCAUUGAGCACAUCCUAAAUCAACUUGUUUACCAUCUCGGUGAUUGGGGACAUUCGGAAUGGGAGUUGUGUGUACUUUUCAUGUUCCUUGACAUAAAAAGCCAACAUUGACCCGUCCUAGACCUGGUUGUCAAAGUGGUUCGAUUGUAUCAUCCCCCCCCCCCCCAACUUUAUUUACAUUUUCACCUGGCCCAGGGGUGCCUGGGCUACCGUGUAAAGAUAGGGCAGUUCCUGGAAAUAACCUGCUGACACAUUGUGAAUAUUAUUAGAAUUGAUUCAAAACAUGGUUACAUCAUGACAAUGACGUCAUUCAUCAUGGCCAUUCUAUGCAUCCUUGGCUGUCAAUUCAUAUCUAAAUUCAGAUUACUAAUAAUAACCACUGGUUAGUUAUGCAAAUUGUAUUAUUUGUCAACAUAUACCUGGUUGAUUGUGUUCUAUUGAGUAAUGUUUGUGGGAAUAAGAUUUAGAAACCACAUUUGAGUGGAAUUUCCCCAAAUCCUGACCACAGCGUCCCCAAGUUCAGUUGGGUGAAUGUUUACACGAGAGCUUCAAAGCUGUGUCAAGGCCAUUCAAUAGAUUUCUCAGAAAGAUGAUAAUUACGAGGUAGUUGUCAUGACAACUGUAUCCCAAGCAAUGCCCAAGGGUUUUAUUGAUUCUUCAUGAAUGGGUACAGUGUUUGAUUAGAUCUGAUUGCCAAGGGCAACCCUUGCCGACCCAGUAACCUCAUUUCCGUAUCCAGAUAUAGGACUGUGAACAAGCGAAGGAUAUUCAUGGCACAUCCGUGACCUUGGGGGAAGGAUCCUUUUGUCAUUAGCCAAAAGAAGCCCUUCUUUUGCCAGUGUAUUAAUAAGGCAAGGGUGUGGUGAAUAACGACAGGCGGUAUUUCAGAAAGGGGAAUAAUGGCCAAUGUUGCAGUUUUGUAUGAUCAGUUUGGGAACGUUUAUUUUGUGAAUCCCUAUUCAAAAGUCAAGUCAAAAUGUGAUAAUAAGUAAAAUCGGUAUGAUUUUGGUUUUCUACUCGGUGAUGAACUUUUAAGUGGUAGAAUAUCUGUUCCCACUGGACUCUGUUGACUGAACAGCUCCCACAAAUUAGUCAAAAGACGAAAAGUCGACAGACCUUUAAAAAAUACAAAACCUGAUUCUUUACAUUAUCUGAAAACUGUCCAAGCAAGCUCUGUUGUUGACCCUCAGGCUCAGAAAGAGCCAUCACCAAUAGAUCACCGUCUGCGAUAAACGGUGCUUCUGUUUAUAAAUCUGCUUGAUAUUUUGUUUGCGAUAUAUCAGAGAUCAGUCCCCUUUGUGAUUGGAUCUCUGACAGAAACAACUGAAAGGAGAAUUCUUCUGUUGCUUGACUAGUUGCCUCUGGGUGUAACAUUUUCAGGAAUAGCGUCAGGUUCAAAAAUUGAGAGCACGAUUGGGUCGCCUGGGAAUUAGCUCUAAGUAGAAAAAGAAUGAUUAUAUACGUACACUGUGCAGAGUAUUUUUGUCAAAAAGUUCUACAUGCAAAUUAUUUAUUGGGAUAAACACUACUUGUAGCAACUUGAGAACUGUAAUGCCUAGCUAUAUUUUGAUCUUUCUUAUGCAAAGUACUUGGUCUUAUUUCAUACCUAGGGGCUUGUUGUAGGCCUCUUUGAAGCCUCUAAUUUUCACUCAAAAGCACUUUGUUGUCAACCCAAAAUAGCGUCAUUCCUGCUUGUUUUCGUGUUGACCCUAAAAUCAUGAAAUCCCUCAGAUUAGUGAUUAGUAUCGACAAUAAUAACUUGCUGGUUAGGUUUUUAAAAAAGAUAACUCGGUCAUUUUAUAUUGACUGACAACCCCCCCCCCCCUAAAACACACGUUACAUGCACUUUAGAUGAAGAUUUUCAGAAGAGUUUUGCCCCUCCCCCCACAUACAAAUCUGGUUUGAAAUAAGACCCAUGGACCUAACUUGUGUUGCAGGGAUAAUUUCUCCAUCUCCAAGAUCUCUCUUGGAAGGUCUGUCAGGUCUAAUAGUUCACUUUUACUUAAAAGAUGUCAUGCCUUAUCAUAGCUUCAGCAUUUCAAUUUUUUUCCUUUUGUCAUGUUUAUACUCUGUAAAAUUAGUGGUGUCCUUUGUGACUGAAACAGUGUAACAUGACUAAGUGUUGUCCUAGAGUAGAAUUUCAAGUGUAAGUGAAUGUCAUUAGGUAUUUCAGUGAUAUUUUCUAACAAAAGUGUUCAAAUCUUUGGUAAAUCUCUUUGGCCGUUGAUUGUUGCCGAAACCGUUAGAAUUUACCAUUUCAGUCAUUCUAGUCCAGUGCCUGUGACAUUAGCAUAUCGUUACGCAUACUUUGAUCAUGUUAUAUCAUAAUCAUAAACGCACAAGUGUUAUUACGUGUUGCAAAUGUUUCCCACAGCAGAGUGGAGAUUUGGAGGCAAAAUUGUGGUGUAAAAAAUAAUUUAGUCUGUUGAUUGAAGGAAUUUGCGUUUCUCACCUCCACCCUUGAUUCUGUAACUUGUGUUAAUAUUGGAUUAUUUGCGCUGAUUUAUUUUUGUGAUAAUACAAAAGUUGGGGGUGUUGAAAAGAAGUGUGGCUGUGAGCUUGUCUUUCUUUGAAAAGGGAGGUAGAAUCUGUGCUUAAAUGCUCCCUCUAUGACCAGAUAAAUGAACUCAGAUUAAACGUUGAAAAAUGUCAAAAGAAAAAUUUCGGAAUUCAUGAUACAAGAGAUUGAGAUCGGGGUGGAUGGUUCAGGAAAUCGAUUCUUUAAAUUCAAGCCUAUUAUUACUUGAUGUGCAUUCAUCUGAAAAUAUCAGUGAGCAGUUGAUUUGUGUAAUUGAUUUAGAUUUUAAUACUGGAAAAGUGAUGAGCAGUUUGCAUUUUCCCUCAAGUGAGGUUUCAACAGUUUCAUUGCGUUUCAGGUGUUUGCAACCUCAAGGAUAAUAUCGUCGCUAUGUAAGUCACGUACAAUAAUUGCUCAGGAAAUAUCAUUGAGCCAUCAACUUUCAGCCUCUAUCUUGGCAGCGUUGGAGAUCAGGUGUUAGGACCAGGGUUUGUGAUUGAAGAAGGCUCAAAAACUAAGGCAAAUCUCUUUGACAUAAUCUGAUACAGAUGGUGUCAUUCUGGUACUGGUAUACUGUUGCACAAGUUUUCAUAGUGUCCGAAAAGAAGGUGUAGCCUAUUGGCCUUCUCAGGGCGCUGCACAGUUGGGUUACUGACUUUGAUACUGGUAAUUAUCAUACCUCAUAAUCUUGGUCCUGGUCGUUAGGAGAAAAUCAUGAUUGAAAAACUCAACAUAUUGUACUUCAACCUUGUCUGUGAAAAUAUUCUCUGAAAAACUGUAAAUAGAAAUUGAUUGUGUGGUGCUAAGAAGUUGUGAAGGGCAGCAGUUCAAGUUGUAACUAGAGAAAAAAAAUAGUAAAAGCAGUUAUAUAACAAUUUUACUCUAUGUAUAUUUAGAAAUUCUUCUUGUGAAUGUACUGCUCUGUUCUAUAAGAUCUAUUGUAUGUAAUGAUAGUGUCUUGUACAAUAUUGGUGUGUCCGAUAUCAUACUGUGUGUAAAAAUUGACAUUUUCUUUUGCAAGAAAAUUAUGUUUAUAAUCUGAAAUGACUUCAGUGUCAGAAGUGGAUGAAUGCUAGAGAUGAUACAGGAACUGCAUUUUGAAUAUGCCACCAUUAUUCUCGUAAAAAAGUGUGGGAAUCUCUUUUGAGGUCACAUAACAAUACUACUGUUUAGAAUAUGUGACUCCGCCAUGUUAUGAAUAUACCAGCCUAAACUUCCAAUGACCCUUUUUGUAAUGCAGACUGGAGGCUAGCUAUUUCAGUAUUAGUCAAGGCACCUUAAUGUGCUUCGACCACAUGUAGCCUAUUCAAUAACUGGCGAACAAAAUGUUCAAUGCUGUUUUUCAUAUUUCAUAUCAUGAAUUAUAUUAUGUUUGAAAUGAGCUGGCGAUAGGCAUAUUGUACUGUAUUCAAUGAGCGUAAAAAUAGCUAUUCAGGAAAGCUUUUGCCAGUAUCUAGGGCAAAGAGAAUUACAGGUCCGUAACACACUGCCUUCCAUACAGAACCAGCACUGCAUAGAACAGCUGGUAAAGUCAGGGACGUGUGGCUUUUAAAGGGGCCCGUGAUGGGUUGAUUCUUCUGUGUUCUGAUCUCGGUGUUCAGGGGCAGUAUUGAUUAUUUGGACAAGGGUAAGGUUCAAUAGGCAAGGAACUGGGUCAGUUUUAAGUUUCAAGAACAAUUCUGGUAGUGAUAAGACCAGAGUUUUAUGCUGAGCAGAGAUCCCAACCAAGUGCGGUAAACAUGAGUAGGCUGUAGCGUGUGAUGGGCUCCGUCUCCCUUGGCCAUGGGCAAAGUUUCAAGGCCAAAACUCUUAUCUCUCAGUUUCAGUUGGCCUAUCAUUCCUCCUAUGUCGAAAAAAGCUUCUGCAGGCAGUCCUGAUGCAAGUUGGGAGUUCACAUGUGAUGAGGGCAGCUGUUACACAUACAAUUGACCACUCCAUUCAGGACACCUCUCUAUUAAGGACAGCACUUGUCAGUCGGCAGGGUGUCCUUAAUAGACAGGUUUUACUGUAUAUGAGGCCGGUAACGGUAGCCUGUUGCGAGGUUCAGUACCGGUAGAUUAGAACAUGUUCCACCAAAACGAAAAAACGUUUCACUUUUAGGCCCUCCAAUUCAGGCUUUCAGCUAUUGAGCCGAAUAUCUCGUAAGAGCUUUGUCUGGAUUUUUACAUUGCUUCAUUACUCGUUGUUUGAUUUAAGAUUACCAGCUGUGACACUUAAUGCUGACAUUUCAUGAACUUGAUUUUGACCCAGGCCCUUACAGUAAAUUACAUGGGCAUGCAUAUAAGCCCAUCGAUAAGGUUUUAGGUCGCCAAAAAAUAUGGUUUUCUGUCGGCACACAGAAACUGUUCUACAUGCAUGUAAAUACCCCAAUGUUUAUGACAGGUCAAUGAGGCCUGCACCUCUGGUCAAAAUUGAUCAUGGGGAACAAAGCCUGUGUUGGUAGCUUUGGUCAGAAAUCAACUGGUGUUGUGAAGACAUUGAAUUUUUGGUCGCACAGGGCAAAUGGAGGUUGCUUUUGCCACUGAUUCUCUGUUGAUUAUGUUAUCCAAGUCCUGAUUGUCAUAUGCUUUGAAUGAGAUGAGGUUAUAAGACCGACUUUUCUUGAAGUACUGCUUGUCAAUGCCUGAGCAUGAGGACUUUCUUAAAGACUCCAACAAACAAGUAAAACCACAGUCACUCAACCGCAAACCAUAAUUAAGGCCUAACUGUAGUGGCAUGCAACAAAAUGCACACAAGGGCAAAUGCAACAGGAGACAUAAUGUUUUUGCACCACCUCUUCUAUGCAUGUAGGCUUUCAGUUGAUUCUGCAUUGGCCUUGGCUUUCUUGAAUUGGCCUGAUUUUUGUUUCCCUGGAUAGCUCCAGAUAGGUGAACUAUCUAGGCUAAUGUGACCACAUGGAUGUACUUUCUUAUAGGCCAUGGGCCUAGUGUAUUCAUUGAUGAGGGAAGCGGUUUUGUGAGUGCACCCGGUGCAAUAUUUACCCCAGCUACUGAUCCAGUAUCAAUGUUUUGCUGUGCAAUGAACACCAACUAGUUACUGGCCUGUGAAAACAUCUUUUUUCAGGGGGUGGGGGGGGGGGGAACACUGCAAGUGGAGCCCAAUGUGCUGGACAGGAUUUGUUUGACUCAUUGAAGCACUCCCAGUCUUGGUGCACACAUGAAGUGUCAGAGCUAUCUCAGUUUGAUUUUAAUCAAAAUUGCGCCCUCUCAACUUCCUGUCAAUACUUUUGUACGCAUUUUGUCAAUACUUUUGUACGCAGUGACAUUAUUGUGUGCUUGAAGGUACUCCAAGGUGAUAGGUGAUUGCAAUUGCAAAAGGCCUAUAUGAUGCAAGUAUACUGAUAUAGGGCCUACUGUCAGUGGUGGAAUUCUUCAUUGAAGAGUCUUUGAGGAGCUGCAUCACCUUGCUCUUGAGAAACAAAUAAGCCUUUCAAACUGGUUCUCCGGCCUUGACACUGACUUUUAACUGAUGCGGUUUUGCUCCAGCAAUAAAACAUGCGCAGAUUAACACUUGACACUCGAGAAUGGAUAAGUGUUGGGUCAAAUUAGUGCAAACUUGUGAUGUAUGUGUCAAAUACUGCAGUGUUAUGAAGUCGAAUCAUUUCCUAUUUGGCUGCUGGUCCAUGAAACAAAGUUUCAGUGUCAUAUUCAAAGCAUCAUCUUCACAAACGCUUGCACUUAUUAAGUUCUCUUCUCCUUUAGCCUGUUCCUGUGGAGAAUUUUGAGUCGGGUAAUCCGUAAAUAAAAGUCACUGUUAUGGGUCGACGAGCAAUACUGUUGAUUUUGUUCGCCAGUUUCUUGGCGGUUAACAGGAUUUUGAAAACUUGGUCUUGAAGGUACAGCUCUGUGUACUUGAGCGCGCUCAGGCUACUUUACUCUUGCCGCAGGAUGUCUCUUUCAGUGAUGGCGUCAUCUCACCGCCUGUCUCACUGCCUGUCCAAAAGAAUGUUUUAAACUGUCUAGACAGGAUGACGCAUACCUUUGUUGGCUUUGCUUCCCUACAAACUAUGAGGAAAGUGAGAACGUACACUGACUGUUCAAAGAGCGCCUGAAUCAUGGUGUUCUCAUUGUCUUCUUAAGUUUCCUUGCUGGUUCUUACGUUUGCCAACGUGGCUCAGCGCUGUACCUGUAUUCUUCCUAGGUAUCUUCAUGAAGAGGAAGAAGAAGACAAGUGAGCCCAGUGAUUUGUGAUACACAGUGGAACCUCUCUAUUAAGGACACCCUCGGGAUUGACAAGUGCUGUCCGCAAAAGAGGGGUGUCCUGAUUAGAGAGGUCAAAUUGAAUGGCAACGACAAAUUUGGGACCAAAGCUAGUGUCCUUAAUAGAGACGUUGUCCUUAAUAGAGAGGUGUCCGCUAAGGGAGGUUCCACUGUACAAUCUUGUCACUCUCUCUAUGAAAAUGGCAGCCUCCAUUUUUGGCGGGAAUGGCCAGACCCAUAGCAGCCAUAUGCAAGCUGAUAUCCACUAAGAAGUUUCUGUGUUAGUUUAUAAAGUUCACUAAGAAGAGCAGUGCAUCUCAAAUCAACUCACUCUUUAAGUUUUGAUAUCAACUUUACUGGUAGCUCUCGUCGCUGUUGUCAGGUAGACAUGCAAAAAUCAACGGGGAAAACAAAAAACUAAAAAGCGUUCAUCUUUUGUCCAUUGUGCAGCUGUUUCUGGGGCUGAGUUCUCACUUGGAGUGCAGUGACCCAGUGACCUAGUGGAUGUGCUCCCGAUCAAGGUAAGGCUGGAAAGACUGAAUUUUCAGUUUCUUGUCUUGAAUGAUGGUUUUCAAGACUGAAAUUGUUGUGACCAUUUCCGAUGUGCAAUCCUCCCAUAUGGAGCAUUUAGCCAAUAUGAUGCUCGCUUGAUUCUCAGCUGGAGGUGGUCUAUCUCUCAGUCUUACUAAAUAUUUGAAAUUAGGAAGACUUGGUACACUGGCACUACUUGACAAGCGUCACAUCCUGCCCUCCCCCCCCCCCCCAGACCUACAGUGGAACCUCCCUUGGCGGACACCAUUCGAUCAAGGACAACCUCUCUAUUAAGGUCCCGAGAGUGUCCUUAAUAGAGAGGUUCUACUGUAUUUCAUCCAGUCAUUUUAAUACGUAAUGCGCAUUGGACCAUCAAGAAAAAAGAAAUUGAUAAGUUAAAAACACUACUCAAAAUCCUCUUUGCUAUUUCGUAUUGUGAGCUGAGUUGGGCACACAGUUUUGAGGCUUUUGUUAUGAAGUCUUUCAAGUGUACUGUAUUUACAGUCACUUCAGGUUUAAAGUUUGGCUGCACUGAAAAAUUCAUAAUUUUUUGUUCCAUGUUUGUUCAAGAGCUUUGUGGUCAUAUGUCACUGAAAGCUGUGUGUAAUUCAUCAUCUGCUUGGUAGUGCUUGAAUGGUCAAUGACUUAUAAUUUAUAUCUAGGUCAGGCAGCUGCCAGUAGGGAUCUCUUAACUUUGCCCCCCCCCCACGUUGCCUCCCUGUCGCUAUUGGGUGACUUCAGCCUCUCAGUGAGGGGCAGUCUUUCACACAUGUUUCUCACUUGGUGGGGUCUUUUGCUUGCCGAGCAUCAGCACCAGGUAAAAGGUGUUUGAAAAUAUUUCUGGAAGAAAGAAGUAAUUUUGGGUUGAGUGUCUUGCUCAAGAACUCAAAUGAACCGGCACGGGUAUUUCUAUUCCUCAGACCCAUGACCACCUCUUUAUAAGCCCAGCCCUCUAACCACAGUGCUAUGGAUCCCCCUAAAAGUCAGAUGUUGUAGAAAGAAAACAGCUCAACUCAUGCAGUCAUGGAAACUCGCAAUAAAAGUUUUAAAAGUGCCUUGUACGAAAUGACAAAAUAGUUCCUGAUAUCUUCUACUAGCAUUUUUUCCGGUUCAAACAUUGUUUCUCACUUUUGCAAGUGAUUCUAAUGAUCUAAAUGUCGCUAUAUGAUGUGCCACUAUCAUGUUUGUGUGCUUUAUGCUAGGCCUACGCAGUUGUUGCUAGUUUAGAAAAGCGUACAGGUAAUGCUUGGCUAUUGUUGAAAAAAAUGUAACAUGUAGAGAGAGUCACGGUAUUAUCUGUCGCCUGCAGUGAUUUGUGUCGAUUGUGAGUUUCACGAGAAAAAUGUUACUUCUCAGCGCUUUCUCAAUAAAGUAUUAAGCAGAGGCAGAGCAACUAUUCUAAGUUCUUUGUUAAAGACGAUAUUUGAGAAGCAGACGCCAAAUCUAAUAUGCGUAUGCUACAUGUAGCGGUGUGAGCUAGCAAUGUUCGCCAAUGGGUAUUACUGCAUCUUCAUAUGAUAUCGUGGCUAUCUUCUUUUAUAUCUCUACUGAUGCUAAACCUUUUAAAAUCUUUAUAAAUUUUGUUGUAAUAUAAUCUGUGUUGUAACGAAUUGUAUCUUUGUGGCAGAGUCUUUAAUUACAGUGUUGGGUUGGCGGCAGCAAUUUCUAAAUAAAAAUGGCGGCCCAUUUUGCCGAAAAAAUUGCCAAUUGAAUUUAUUCUUAGUCGUCCUAUGUUAUGCAUAGCAGACGGGCCUCAAUCAGCUAAAACACGCUAACACAGUAAAGCUACCCUUAUGUAGAUGUACUUUAGUUUCAACGAUCGAUGGCAGUUUAUAUAAAGAUCACAUUUAAGGGUAUAUUAGGAAAGUUAAAUGCACACAUGAUCUUUUGAAGCCACUCAACAUGUAAAGUCGGGCAUUACAAGGGGCUGGUAAAACCAUAUACCCAGUUGUCAGGAAGUCCUGUCCUUGCCCUUUGUAUUGAUUUCGUACUUGACUAAUGAAGGAGUCUAAGAUUGAUGAAACUUUUGAUAUAUGUACAUUUACAUAUAUCAAGAAAGAGUUAUUGUCGCCUGUGGUUUUCAAGCUUCUUUUAUCGCAGAAAGCUUAAAGAAAUCGCCACCGCCAGCCCACGAAUUCGAAUUGGCAGGAACCAUCUGUACAUUCGAUGCAUACGAGUAUAUGUCAGUGCACAGGUGUGAGUCUGGCAAUGUUUUGUUGAAAUGAAAAUUUUAAGUUUUGAAUCUCAUCUGCUGAGCAUCGCAUAGUAUUUUCUGAUGCAAUGAACUCCGGUGACUUUGAUGUUAGGAUCCACUCCCAAGUUUGUCUGUACAUCAGUGUGCGUAAAUCAUGGAAACUUUUUGUCUGGCCUACUUGGAUGAGUUAUUUGAUGGUUAGCAUCUUUGGCGAUAUUAUGUACAUAGCCUGUGUUGUAAAAAUAACCUGUUCACAUGAGGCUUUUCUAUCAUCUGUCGGCCCUAAGUAUCAGAAAAUGGCAUAUAAUCAAGCGAUAGAGGUCGGUCAGAAGACAGUACUGUAUGUUCCAGGGUCACUUAUGUCUAGCCUGCAGUCUGAGCAAGAUUAGGGCAGUCUGGUCAGCCCCACAUCAGUUGUAUAAUUAUCAAUUAUCAACGAUGAUUAAUAGGCCCCUAUCCAUUGCUAAUUCCAUUGGGUCGGAAAGUUGAAGCCCGCCAGCAAAAAAGUUACAUGUAUAAAGGGUGUCAUUUUAUCAUGUGAUAUAACAGGUUUUUUGCAAACAAUUGUUCAUUGAUUAUAGACAAUGAAUAAAUCAGCAUGUCCUGUUUUGUGGACAGUUAUGAAGUGAAACAGACGUUUGAGUGUAUGUAUUGUAAAGCAGAGGGUGGCCUGUUUAGAUAUGAUGUAAUGUGUCUGAUCAGUCCCCAACCAAAUGGAAAGGCUUGCUUGGUAGUCCAGAGUUGACCUUGACAUUAUGUCUGCCUUGACUUAUCUGGGCCAAUAACCAGUCCAAAGUAAUUUGGUGACGGGCUGCAUACUUGUUCAAAAAGUAUUCAAUUGGAUGGUAGUGAGUGCAAUAAUACUAUAAGCGAUAGGUUUAGUAGAUACCAGGAAUCUAUUAUCGCAGGAAAAAGCUUUAAAGAUACACUUUUUACUUCAUAACAUGUCUGGUGUCAAGAGUAUAAUCCUGAAAGUCAUUUAGCCUUUCGGGCCUUCUCGCUAUUUGUACAGUUUAGAACGUCAUAGUCAGUGUUCUGUAUUGAGAGUGGCUGUACUAAUAUUGUUGAAGAUGUAAGCUCUUUGUUUCCUGUCAACCUGUCCAGUGUAGUUGUCAUGCAGUUCUCAGUAUUGUUGUUCACAGAUUCGUGUGGACAUUGGUUAAAGGUAUACGCCAUUCGUUAUAAAAUUUUGAAUUGGUAAUUGAAUUGAAAAAUGUCCAAUUGUGGAAAGACGCACUAAAUGUAAAUUUCAACAUUGCCGUUGUGUAGACUGAUACACAAAUACUAUGAAUACCAAGUUUAAACAAAUUUACAUUCACAAUAACUGCACUACGGCAUUGUGUACUAGUGCAUUUCUAUUUAACUGGACCACAAGUAAUUACGAACGGUGUACCCCUUUAACCAAACUGGCAUGCAUGUUAUAAAAUCUAAUUAGGAACAGGAAGCAAUUGAAUGUAUUACGAAAGAAAACAAUUCUGUCUUGGUCUAAUUGGAAUGAACUAGAUGAGUUAGUUCAAUUUUGACUGGAAACUUCCGUCAUUGGAAUAUUUUAAACAAUUUAGUGAGCGUCGAUAGUGUUAGAUCGUAAAAUGGCAGUAGGUCACUGCAAUAUUGGGCUAAUGCUAGCCAUACAUGGCCUUAAGAAGACAUUCAUUUGUUUUCCAUGUUUCCACUUUCUUAAAAAUUCUGUUUCUGUGCCAAACUGUCCUCAUUUUGGCAAUUCUUUUGUCCACUCGCCUUAUUUUUCACACAGGUUGAAGCUUUAUGUUGUAUAUAUAAUGCUGGUAACAGUCCCAGCUUAUUUCAAGGUUUUAAAGGUAGUAUAUUACAGGCAUAAGGUCAGGAAUGGGCAUGUUUUUAGCAUGUCACUUGUCCUAUUUCAGCUUGAUUCUGUGGCACUGAAGACCAGUCACCGAAAUUCAGUGAUUUUCACAAAAACAAACUAAACCUCGUGCCUAUGUAUUCUACCUUUUCAGUGUUCAAAUACUUGCCAUACAGACACAUUUUGUACAUUAAGAACUUAGGUAUGAGUAUGACAAAAUGUAUUAUAUAGCUCACACAAUUACGGUAUCUGCAACAGCUCAGGAUAUAUGAACAUUACUGACAGCUGCAUUUUUGAGUCAUUAGCUAUCAUUCAAUAUACAUCGUCAUCAAAUGUAGUUCUAGGGCUGAAUGAAACGUCUUCGACUUUAAUAACAAAGUGCAAAAAAAAAGUUCUUGGAGUCGCUGCAGUCAAGCACUUGCAAAAAUGAUGUGCCUCGGGGUAAAGAAGUUGUCUUGAUGUAAUAUACGAUCUUGUGACAUUGCACAAUGUAAAUGGUGGCCUGAGUGCAGGUUUUUUUACGGGAAUGGCCCGCAAAGUGACAUGGUAUCUGCUCAGGAGUUUCUGUGUUGUUUAACUGCUCACAAAUACAGUAAUGAAGAGCAGUACAGCUCUAAUCUACUUGCUAUUUCACUUCAAAACAUGUUCUUGUGCUUUGUUGAUUUGGACUUUCGGUCGAAGUUCCUUUCAAAAUGAACUCGCAACAUUCUUCAUGUUGAGGGAAGAAUUUAUUCCAUGCGUUUUAAAAGCUGUGUCAUCAAAUAUUGUACUUGCAUGAAUUACCCCUACAUAUCUUUUUGCACUGAGUCAACCUCUUGAAUCAAGAUAAUAGCACACAUGCAGGAUGCGAUUGAUUUUGUUUAGGAAAUGCUUUUCAGUCCUUCAGCUUUCACAUUUCGUUUUUGAGAGUAGUUUGCAUAGAGAUGGAUGUGCCAUAUGGGUGUUCGUGCCACAUGUGCAUACAGUCAUAAAAGUAUGAAAUAUUCAUUCUGAUGCAUAUUCCAAGGAAAGAAUGUGAUGAGUCCCUAUCCUGAAUCAGAGGCUUUUAAACUAAUGAGUUUGAAUUUAUGCCUCUUUGUGCUUAUUUGCAUGACAUCAGAAAAAAUGGUUUGAAAGAUUUGGCGAUUAUUGAUGUAACGAAAGCCAUCCAAUCUUGACCGAACGGUAGGGCUUAGAGUCAUCUACUGUAAUGGUCUAUCAUUCAUACAUGAAAUUAGGCCCUUAUGGUGUAAAUGCCCUUUGGCUGGCUUAGAAAAGCCCCCACAACUACCAGUAACAGCUGUUAGGUGGCCAGACUUUGACUACAGACUCUUUGAAAGUUGUCUCGUUAUGAUAAAACAUAUUCAUAUCUUGAAUCAAGGAAAUUUUGAUGGCACUAUUGAUUGCAUCAGCUAUGUUUUUCUGUUUUCCAAGUAAAUGUUUUGUUGAGAGAAACUACUCCCCCAGCAGAUGGGCACCUGGCAUUGUAUUUUGAGACUGGUGUUUCCUUGAAUGCACUGAUUACACCAAGUCUGAUCGAUCGUAUUGAGUUUUGGAAGAAUAUCGUCUGUUCAGUGGAAAGCAUGAGUAAACAUGCAUGAAAUGUCAUUGAACUCUGACCCUCAUUUGAAUAUGGAUGAAAUCAAUCUAUUCCAGGAAAGUACUGUAUUCUCCCAGACUUAUUUUAUGGCUCGGCUACUGUGUUCCGGGAAGUACAUGUUUUACAUACCGCCAGUCAUGUGUUGUCUGGAUUUCUUACCAUGCAUCAUUGGUGACCUCAUCAUUGUUGUUGUCUUGGAUGACCUCAUUAUUAUCGUCUGGUGUGUCAAUGUACUUUUCCGCAGUACUGGGUUUACGAUAACGGGAAGGUGUCGAAUAUCCCCCUUAAAAACGUGCGAUAUUAUUUAAGUUUUCGCAUGAGGUAGUUGUGUUGGAGUUUUAAACCCAGGGCAAGAACGCCCGAGAUUAUGAUACUAAAAUUCCUCGCUGUUCGAAAGUGUUCUGCCGACAUAGUCGUCCAGUGAUCACGACACAUGAUUGGUCGGAUUCCGAUCGUACGGUUUUUGAAUGUGCAUCUCUUAACAUAAUAUGGUGGGGUAGUGGAAUCUGCUGUUACAGACAGGUCAAGUCUAUACAGAGAGUUGUCAGAAUCAUGGUGUAUGUUUUCUGAUGCAUUCAAGAAUCGCCCAACCACAGCAGCUGCAGCCAGUAGUAUAAAUUCAGCAUAAUUUUAGCCAAAACAAUAGUUUCACACUGUUAUUUUUCUUUUGAAUUUCUUUUUGGCAUGACGCACUUAGUUUUUGUGUUGUGUUUAUUUACAAAGGUUGUAUUUUUACAAUGUUAACAGAAAAAGAGAAUAUAUUUUAUAAUAUUUUGGGGAUUUCUCGUGAAUUGUGCAUAAUGCCUAUGUAUUGAAGAAUUAUCGAUUAAAAAAAGUGUUUACAUAAGUGGCUUUAGCAUUGGAAAAUGGACCCAUUCGCAAAAAUAAAUAACUCAAAAACUGAAAAUGAUGAUUUUGCAAACAUGUAUGUAGGGUCAUGAAAAUCAAGGGUUUACAGUAUAUAACUGUGCUGGUAUGGCAUAGGCAUUGUCUACAAUGACAAGGAACCUCAAAAUGGCACAGACCCGUAUGUUCUUUUCAAGGGGCUGACUUCACGAAGGGUUAAUUGUCACUCUACAAAAGACAAGUAGGUUUGCAAUAGUAGUGAUGAAACUUGAAUGUUAGAAUUUAAAAGCCGUUUAACCACCAAUGCCUUUGUGAAUUCAGCUCCUUAGUCCUAGUGUUGGAUCGAGAACCCUGUAGUCUGUGCAUUCUGUGUACGCCUUUUCCGGUUUUACUUCGGACGGAAAAAGGCACCAAAUUAGCAUUUUAACUGCCCCGUGUCUGCUCUAUAUUUCGCUCAUGACUUCUGAAAAGCAGAGAUCAAAUAUCUGUAAGCGAUCUUUGUUUUUUCACUCAUUAUUUCAUUACCAAUGGCCAGUAUGAUAUGAAUACUUAAAAUGUGUUUUAAUUUGCUCUUUUUGCGGAGCAUAAUAUUUUAAAUAAACUAUGUCAGUAUUGUUGGUGGAAAUGUAGGCCUAUGUAUGUUUGUACCGGUUUGUAUGCAGGUUGGGACUCAACUGGAAUUGGUUGUUGUUGAGUUCCAAUCGAGGGUCGACCAUUUAAUUCAAAAGGUUCACAACAGCUUGUCAGAGUGUUCUUUUGGAAGAAAGGUUCAAUGCAUGUCAUGUACCCUUUGUAAUAUGAUAAUUGGUGCAGCCCAACAGAGGUAGAAUGGGUCGUUAUGACAUGACACAGCAGCGGCUGUUGAAAAUAUAUCCGCCCAAUUGUAGGGAGGGUAUGUGUUCAUCGUCUCUGACUUGAUCUUAAGCUGUUGUGGAAUGGGUGAAAAUGGUCAACUUGAUUUUGCAUAUUUACCUCAUUGUGUGGUGGUGUGCCUUCUAUUCCUAUUGGUGUUUGGUUGUAGAGUGUGUUAUGUUUUUUCACAUCAAGUUUACUGAGAACGUAUGUUGUGCAUCAUUUACAACAUUCAAUAUAUAAACCGUUCUAGUAGACCUGCGAUGAAAAAAAUCCUCAAGCGUAGAGAGGUCGCUUGAAUGAAAAUUGCUAAUUCAAAAGUUGCAGAAAUUAUAAAUUUCAUUUUGCCAUGUGUUUUCGCGUAGACAAGCUGGUUUCAUCGCCAACUUGACCCAUUGUGCACUUCCAAUGAAUUCAAUUUGUACAUAUGUCGGGAUAUUUGCCAAGUAUAUUACCUUGUGUAUUGUUAAAUGAUUUUAUACCAAACUUGUAUGAUUUGUCGGAACUACAAUUACUACUGUUCCAAUGUAUACUCACACGUUGAGAAUAGUUUGAAUUAUUAAACGAUCAACCCAGUAAUUGUCAUAAUUCAUAUUAGCCAGGGUGCUCGUGCUUGGCUGGAGAGAUGAGAUGUGGUUGGACAAUGUUAUGGUCUCAGGAAUGUGUCGGAGACUUAGUCGCUCAUCAUUCGGACAUCAAUGGGCAUUAUCGUUGUAUAGAAUGAUGUUUAAAUCAUUUCCUUUCAUUAUAAAGAUCAUGGUUAUUAUUAACUGCAUGUGUGGUGCAAAUGUAAUUGUUUUCCAUGUAAAAGCUUUUGUAAAUAAAUAAAACAAAAUAUUUC